AUGGCUUUCGAAACUGAAUACAAGACUGAAGAUGUGGCUGUAACAUCUGUCCCAUCUGAUGAGAUUGAUACCACUUUUCGUUCAUCCUGUAUUGAUCUCAUAUCCGGUACUCUUGGUGGAAAAGUUCUUUCAUUCUCAGAUGAAUGGUUUGCGGAAGCAAAUAAUCUUCUUACUCCUACCCCACCCAUCAGACAACCAGGAAAGAUGGUAUAUACCGGUGCAUGGUAUGAUGGGUGGGAAACUCGUCGACAUAAUACUGAGCCUUUUGAUUAUGUCGUAAUUCGCCUUGGAGUUGCUUCAGGAACUGUCGAAGGAAUUGAAGUUGACACAGCUUUCUUCUCUGGAAAUCACGCACCUGCAAUCUCCGUUGAAGGUGUAUUUAGUGAUAACGAUGAAGAAGUGAUUGGAUGGAAAGGUGGUCGAGGCAAAUGGGAGACAAUUCUUGGUCUUCAAGAGUGUGGUCCUUCCAAGCGAUUUGGAUGGAAGCUUACCGUUCCAACUACAAAAGCAUUCACCCACGUGAGACUCAAUAUGUAUCCAGACGGCGGAAUUGCUCGAUUCAGACUCUUUGGUCACGCUAUACCAGUUUUCCCUGAAGACAGAGAUGCCAUCUUCGAUUUGGCUGCCGCUCAAAAUGGAGGAGUUGCUAUCUCUUGUAGUGAUCAGCACUUUGGAGUUAUCGCCAACCUCAUAUUACCCGGUCGUGGCAAAGAUAUGGGAGAUGGUUGGGAAACAUCAAGAUCUAGAGGGAAAGAUCAUGUAGAUUGGGCUAUCAUCCGAUUAGGUGCACCGGGCACUAUUGAAAAUCUGAUCGUUGAUACAGCAUUCUUUAGGGGCAACUUUCCACAAAAAGUGAAGGUUGAGGCCAUAAGCUGGAAUAGUGAAGGGGAGCCUAGCAACUCAGCGGAAGGAUGGACUGCGGUUGUUGAGCCCAGCAAGACUAGUGCUGACAAGGAGCAUGAAUUUGAGUCUUUGGUAAAGGAUAAAACAUUUACGCAUGUUAAGUUGAUUAUGAUUCCAGAUGGAGGAGUCAAAAGAAUUAGGGUGUUAGGAAAGAGAAGUGUUUAG